AUGCGAGUUGUAUACUGUACAUAUGCAGCCGGGGCAAAUGAAACCACGCCAGAAGAAAUCCAAAAUAAAAAUACGACACUCUCGAGCAACGGCGUCGGUCGUCGUCACAGCGGUAAAUUGACCAUUUGGGAAAAGGUAAAAGCUUCCGGCAACCGUUUCCCCGACGCUGGUCGUCGGCCUCGUGCGCCGCUGUCUGCCGCGGACUGCUACCUGGAAGAGUCGUCGCAUUUCGAAAUGCUGGGAGUUGUGCCAGAUGAGCCGGGCGCGGAGCGGUUAUUUAUAAUCCUGAACGAAACCCAGGCCAGGAACUGCCUCUCCGUCGGCCGCACUCCUGGCACCGGCCAGCUAGUCAUCAACCAGGUGAGACAUCCCCCGAUUUCCCCCUGCUAUUUCUGA